UUUUGAGUUGACCGCGGAAAAAUAUAAAAGAUUAACUAAACCAGAAACACGGUCCAUUUUGUUUAACUAAUUUACAUAUUUUUAAAUAAAUCAUAUGAUAUGUCUAUCUCUUGAAUUUAUUUAUUACGUACCGACAGGCCACAUGUACUGAUGUAGACCAAAACAGAGCUGAGACUUCCUAUGCAUCUCCAUUUUUCAGAACUGUAAAAAUUCACAAUUUCCCUCAUAAAUUUCCACACGAUUGAAGAUAUUCUCUCUGUACAGCCCCAUAAGCCCUUUAAAGCUUGGGACAUGGCGAAAGUUGAAAAUUUUCAUCUACUGCUACAGCAUUUUAGCUGCCUAAACCUGGGGGGGAAAAUGCGCGUAAAUUUUGAAGUUUUGAUAGACAAACAGCGAUUGGUGCCAUGACUUGGUUCACUGCUUGUUUCGGCCAGAAUGAUUCUUCCCAAACAGAAGAUAUCAAUAGGGAAAUUUCGAAUCUUCCGAAUGCUAAAUUGUACAGCUAUAAAGAACUACAAACCGCAACUGAAAAUUUCAAUCAGGCGAAUAAGGUUGGUGAAGGUGGAUUCGGUUCUGUAUACAAGGGAAAGCUAAAUGACGGCACGUUAACAGCCAUUAAGGUUCUAUCUGCUCAAUCAGAGCAAGGCGUGCGUGAGUUCCUAAACGAGAUAGUUGCAAUAUCGGGAGUCGAACAUGAAAACUUGGUCAAAUUGUAUGGUUGCUGCACAGAGAGAGGCCAAAGAAUAUUGGUUUACGGCUAUCUCGAAAAUAAUAGCCUCGCUCAAACUCUUCUAAGGCGCAGCAGUGAUUUGCACUUUAGCUGGAAAAUGCGGACUAAAAUUUGCAUAGGCGUUGCACAAGGGCUUGCUUUCCUUCACGAUGAAAGUCAGCCACAUAUUGUUCAUAGAGACAUAAAGGCGAGCAAUAUUCUUCUUGACAGGGAUUUCACGCCGAAAAUUGCAGACUUUGGUCUGGCAAAGCUUUUUCCUGCGACUAUGACUCAUAUUAGCACACGUGUUGCUGGGACCUUUGGUUAUUUGGCUCCUGAGUAUGCAAUUCGAGGCAAGCUUACAAGAAAAGCAGAUAUAUACAGUUUUGGGGUUCUUCUGCUAGAAAUUAUCAGUGGAAGGUGCAACAGAAGCAAGAGAUUACCAAUCGAAGAACAAAAUCUUCUCGAAAUGGGCCUCAUCAACCUUAUUUUCCAGGCAUGGCUAUUGUACGAGAACAAUACGCCAAUCGACUUGAUCGAUAGAUCACUCAAUGGGGAUUUCAACACCGACGAAGCUUUCAGGUUCGUGAAAAUCGGGCUGUUAUGCACCCAAGAUAAGCCCAAGAACCGGCCCACAAUGUCUGCAGUCGCCAAAAUGCUCAAAGGCGAGACGUGUGUGGAUGAUGUGGAGCUGUCAAGGCCAGGCCUACUCGAAGAGCUAAUGACUCUCAAGGCCUCGAGCAAUGCCCCAUCAUCUGGGUCGGGAACAAAAUCCUCGUCUUCUCAAAGCACAAACAUGACCUAUGCCACCAUGUCUUUCUCGUCUAUAUACGACCGAACUAAUUGAGCUUGGGAGGAAAAAGAAAAAAGAAUGUUUGUUUCUUUAGAAAUGUAUAUAAAGAUUUUACUGGGUAUGUUUGGGACAGAACUAUAAAACUGAGUCUUUGAGGGAGAUGGAAGUGGAAAUGUUAACACUCAACAGUGAUGGGAUCAUUUUUUUUUGGUCAAUAUGGCCAUAAGAUGAUAUGGAUUGGAGAUGUAAAUUUAAUUUAAUCAUUUUUAUUAGUUUCUGUUUGUUCAAGAAAAUAACAUAAUUUUUUUUA